CUUUGGGGCGCCAGGUCAGGUAUAAAAGCCCGGCGGCGACAUGGUGUCCAAGCACGCAGUCCUUUGAACCUUCCAGCUGCAGCCAUGACCAUGGGCAAGAUCAUCUUCUACGAGGACAGGAACUUCCAGGGUCGUUCCUAUGAGACCAGCAGCGACUGCGCCGACAUGUCCUCCUACCUGAGCAGGUGCCUCUCCUGCCGGGUGGAGAGCGGCUGCUUCAUGGUCUACGACCGCACAAACUACAUGGGCAACCAGUUCUUUGUCAGGAGGGGCGAGUACUCUGACUACCAGCGCAUGAACAUGAGCGACUGCAUCCGGUCUUGCCGCAUGAUCCCCAUGCACAGAGGCCAGUUCCGGAUCAGGAUCUUUGAGCGGGAGAACAUGAGCGGUCAGUCCAACGAGCUGCAGGAGGACUGCGACAACAUCCUGGACCGCCUGCGCAUGAGCGACUGCAUGUCCUGCAACGUACUUGACGGCCACUGGCUGAUGUUCGAGCAGCCCAACUUCAGGGGCAAGAUGAUGUACCUGAGGCCCGGCGAGUACCGCAGCUUCAGGGACAUGGGCAUGAGUGGCACUCGCGUCAUGAGCAUGAGGCGCAUCAUGGAUUCCUGUUCUUAGAUGCCGAGGUUUUCAAUAAAAAUCCCUUUUAAAUGUA